AUGACGAACUCUUCUACCGUUGUCGUCUCAGAUUUGCUUGUGGUUGAGGAGCGAACGCCAGAUUUGUCUUUUGAUGUACUGGAUGUCGAGCUGGAUGAUGUGCUAGAAUGGCGAGAUUUGCUGGAACGACGAGCAUUCUUGUUGGUGAAUGUUGGUGAUUCUUUAGUAGACAAAGCAUCACCACAGUCAUUGGGGUUUGCACAUUCAGCUAGAAAGCUUCUACCGAACGAUGACGAUGAACUAGAGGAUGAUCCACCACCAGAAGAUGAUGAAGAGGAAUUUCCACCUUGUCCUCCAGAGGAUGGCGAUGACGAUGACGAACUCCCACCACUCGAGGACGAUGAUGAGCUGCCACCGCCACUCGAGGACGAGGAAGACGACGAAGAGCCUCCACCACUACUUGAAGAUGAAGAAGACGAGGAACCACCGCUACCACCAGAUGAGGAUGAGGAUGAGGAUGAAGACCCGUUAUUACCACCACUGCUACUGCUUGAUGACGAAGAAGAAGCCCCACCAGAACCAUUGGAGCUACUGGAAGACGAUGGUGACCCUGAAAUAGCUCCGCAAGCGCCUUCAUUUGAAGUGGAACUAGAGCUGCCAGUGCUAGAGAUUCCUGGAGCAUUUCCGUUAUCGCACACUGCUUUUUCCUUUGGCAUGUCGGUAUUAGACAUUGGUUUGGCAUCGGAUGAGUUAUCGACACACUGUAGAUUAUCAUCAGCUGAAGCAGGCUGUUGCACAUCACAAACGACAGAGGGACUUGCUUGGCUAACUUGGGGACUUGUGGAAGAGGGUAUUGAGCUAGCCGAAUCACUAGAUGUUGUGGCUGUUGUCAAAGGAGGACAAGCUGAGAGUGCGGUACCGCUAGCAUCAGAGUUUGUUGGAACGCUUUCGACAGCAGGCAGACUCGAGGAUUCGAUUGAUGAAGUGGCGGCAGUGUGGUCCAUUGUGUUGACUGUAUUGCAGAUUUCAAGAGAAUCGUCGCUUGCAAAAGAAGCUGUGGGUGUAUCAUCACCAGAUCCCAUAGAAACACUAACAGUGGGCAGCGGUCCUGUAGCACACAUGCCCUCUGAUGAUCCAGUGGCUAUAGUGCUGUAUAUGGAGGUGGUAGGAGAUCCGGAUCCAGAUGAGACUAUUGAGUGA